CUACGCGAGGGGAGGGACGUAAACCGGAAGUGUCCGUUACUCGGGCGAAUUCGGAGCAGCCACGUCGGGGGAAGGCGGGCCUCGCCCAGCCGCUGUCCAGCCUCCUUGGCUUCGCUGUAGGGGCAGCUUCGGCAGCAGUGCGACACGCCAAGGCCUCAGGUCCUAGGCCCGGCCUCGCAAGAGUCGCUCGGUAGUGGAGCUGCGAUGUCGGACCUCGGGGACUGGUUUCGGAGCAUCCCGCUCAUCACCCGAUAUUGGUUUGCAGGCUCGAUCGCGGUGCCCCUCGUCGGCAAGCUAGGCCUUAUCAGCCCCCUCUAUCUCAUUCUGUGGACGGACGGCUUCAUCAACCGCUUCCAGAUUUGGAGGCCAAUCACUGCGACGUUCUUUUUCCCUGUUGGCCAAGGAACUGGCUUUCUUUAUCUGGUGAACUUAUAUUUUUUAUAUCAGUAUUCAUCACGACUAGAAACAGGUGCAUUUGAUGGAAGGCCGGCUGACUAUAUGUUCAUGCUCCUCUUUAACUGGAUCUGCAUAGUUAUUACUGCCUUGGCAAUGAAUAUGCAGUUCCUGAUGAUCCCCCUGAUCAUGUCGGUGCUUUACGUUUGGGCCCAGCUGAACAGAGACAUGAUUGUGACAUUUUGGUUUGGAACACGUUUUAAGGCAUGUUAUUUACCAUGGGUUAUCCUGGGAUUCAACUAUAUCAUUGGAGGCUCUAUCAUCAAUGAGCUGAUUGGCAAUCUAGUUGGUCAUCUGUACUUUUUCUUAAUGUUUAAAUAUCCAGUAGACUUGGGAGGAAGAAAUUUCCUGUCAACGCCUCAAUUUCUGUACCACUGGCUGCCCAACAGGAGAGGAGGCGUGUCUGGGUUUGGCGUUCCACCUGCCAGCAUGCGAAGAGCUGCAGACGACCGGGAGGGUGGUGGAAGGCACAACUGGGGCCAAGGCUUCCGACUGGGUGAUCAGUGAAAAGGGAAAACUCUGCUUCUUCUCUCCCCACCCCUUCCCCUGACCUUUUUUCUUUUUUGUGAGGAACAUUUCCAGCCACACAUGGGGAGCGACCUCUCCUGUGGAAUGUACUUAAGGACUGAUUUUGCUCUAGUGCUCUGACCGAUAAAGAAUCUCUGUUCCUGGUGGAAGAUGACACAACAGAAGGUGCAAGAUAGAUUUUACUAUAUUGAAUAAUGCUCAACUCAGUGCUGCCAUUAAAACAAACACCCACAUUUUUACUGUUGUCUAGCACAGUGUACUUUUUCUUACCAACCUCUCCUCUGGUGAGUUAAUGCUGUUCCAUCUGUCUUCUUGGCUUCAUGUGAGAAGCCUAUAGAGUUCUUUAAGAAUCUACUCCUGACAGGUCUUGGAUCAAAGAAGAGAACUCUCUCUUUCCAGUGCAAAGUUAUUUUGAAGUUCAGUUUUUAAUUUUUUUUUUUGGAAGUCAAAAAGGGUCUUCAGAUUGCUGAAAUGACAUUGACCUUUUGGUUUGCAAGAAAGGGCCAUUAUAAAGGUUCCGUUUUGGGUGCCGAACUUUUGUUCACCAGUUCAGAUUGGUGUUGAUUGGGAGAGAUGCUCGCAAUCCCCUGAAGCAGCGGGAGAAAGGAACCAAUGGGAAAUGCUGGCUUGCUGCAGCCACAGUGUCUCUGUACUCACAGCAAGGUGGAAGGCUUGGUGUGCAUGUAAUUCUGCAAUUUUAUGCGUAUGCAAUGGGAAGGAGUCCUCUUGAACUUGGUGGAACUUCCUUCUGACUAAUUUGCAUUGGUUUAUCUGAAAUUGAUAAGAUGCGCAUGUGAGUAUUGCGUGCAAAAUUGAGAGAGUGUUUUGUAUUGUGCAGGGUGCACGUGUUAGGUAGGUGAGACAGUAGCUUCUGCUGAAAAAUAAGGAACCAUGACUAGAACAGAUGAUGAUGACGGAUAUUUAUAUGCUGCUUUUCAACAAAACUUCCCAAAGCGGUUUACAUAGAUAAAUAAAAAUAAAUAGAAGCAGGUUGUUGGAUUCAAUAAAUUUUAUGCUUUUCUCUCCCUGCCCUCCCCCUUACCCUAUCCCCAAGCACCCCAGCUUUUUUAAUCCUGCUACCCUUCUUUGCAUGUUCAGAUAGGAACAUAGGAAGCUGCCAUACUGAGUGAGACCCUUGGUCCUUCGCACUCAAUAUUGUCUACACUGACUGGCAGCGGCUCUCCAAAGUUUCAGGCAGGAGUCUCCCCUUCCUGGGCUCUACAUGCAAGUAGGCGCUCUGCCACUGAGAUGCUUAACUUUUUAUUAUGCAAAAUGGGUAUGACACCAUCACAAAUACACGUGGAGCAUUUCUAAUGUCAGGCAAUGUUGAGAUCUGUGGCCAAUAAAUACACUUUAAUAGCAGGAGGAAGGAGCUGGUGUAACUUGUUUCUCCUAACCCAUGGGUCUCUCUCUCCUCCCGUUGGACUGCCUGUGCUUUUGUAGUAUUCAGCCCAUGUAAGAAUUGGAGAAUGUGGUCCACUGUGCAAACCCAAGAAACACUAAAGCAAUCCUGGUCUCUUUCCCUGCCCUUGCCCACUUGCAUUAGGAAGUCUCACUUCUGUAUCUGGGUUUCCCAUCUGUGAGGUGGGGUUAUAAACAACCGUUUGUCCAGUAGUGUGAAUUGGCAUUGUUUUCAUAACAUCACAGCAAUAGAAAAUGCUGCACAAAUUGACAUGGUUGCUCACACUUAGCAAUUUGAGCAACCUCAUACAUAGGUUGCCACUCAUCCUUAGCAGGCUCUUUAAAACUUAUAUUUGUGCUGAGCUGGGAGCCCAAAGGGAUAUGCUAACUGGAUUUCACUUUGUUACUAGUUCCAAAAAGAUGUACGAGUGAACACAAAAUCAUUGAGCAGUACAGAAAUGUUCCAAACAGUGCAGAAAGUUAUAGAUUAAAAAACAAACAUUUAGCACCUUCUUGCUCAUGGUUAAUGAGCAAUGUCUUUCCAUGUCUUGCCUCAAUUUUUAUUUAUAUUUUCAGUGAGAUGGCAGAGAAGCCUCUGCAAGGCACAAUGAGGCUAUUCACACGAUGGGAGGAAAUCGGGCUAGCGGAGGCUAGCCCAAUUCCCUCCCAUCGUGAUAACCACCGGGCUCGGCUGCGAGCCCAGUGGUCCUUAAGCUGGUCACCCGCUUAAGUAGCCCGGCAGUUAAACCGGGUUUGCAGAGGUUUUUCUGCUCGUGAGUCGCCGCGGCGUGGCUCCAUGCCGCGGCUACUCAUGGGGAGACCACCGACCAGGAGGCUGAAAAGCAGCUUCCCGGCUCGGGGAUCUCCAGCAUGCCCUGCAUGCUCAUGCAGGGGCCGCGUGGCCCCCGAACUCCCCAGCCGGCUCCAUGACGGAGCCAGCAGUUGUGUGGGCGGGCGCCCGGAGCAGACUGCUGCUCAUGUGUGGGGAGAGCAAGCUAAACCCGCUCUCCCUGCAAACCCUCCCCAGGCUCUUUUCACUAAUCAUGAGAAAAGCCUCAAUAAGUCAUUGAUCCUGGCCUGUAGAAUUUGGGAAGCCACAUGCCUACAUCCUGCAGGUUAGGAUUCAUAGCAAUUGGUCAUUAAAAUAAUAGCUUUGCUUGGUCUUUUUCCUGUAGCCGUUCUCAUUGCCAAAGAGACAAGCGGCUAUUAAAACAGAACUGCAGCUUGGCUCUUCAUUUGUGGAAACUGUUGUACCCAAACCAGAAAGCAGUGCUCUAACUGUGCACAGUUCUUUCCCAUGGAUUUAUGCCCCUUCUUUGGAUCCUGGCCCAAGAAAUAUGUAUAUUUUAUGAAUAUUACAUUGUCCAAAACUGGGUUCUCUACUCUGAAAACCGGGAUCUCAUUGUGAAAUAGAAUCACAUUCAGAUCUGGAUCCUUGCUGUGCAUUCUGGGAUAAAUUCAUCACUGUGUUGCAAGUGGUAUUGGUCCUUCUGCACAGAGCUGGAUUUUGCACUAAGGUCAUGCAUUACAUAGCUUUAAGAGCUGAAAUAUACAUUCAGAAAAGGCUUUUGUAUGAUUUGUAAUAUGACUUCCUGGGGACUAUAUCAUUUUGGACUGUAGGUGAGGAAUUGCAGGUUUGAAUGUGCCCGGUGUAGAAAAUCAGCAGCUAGGGUGUGGGCAGGGAUAGGCUAGACAAGACCUGUUUUCUCUAGCAGGCAAGGGAUUUGGGUGUGUAUAUGGUGGAGGCUGGGGAGAAGCAUCCAGACAUGUGAUUUCUCACCUUGGUCUGAAAUAGUAUUGUUCCAUGUAUUCUUUUUUCUGAAUCUGUAGCUUGACUAUAACUUAAGGGACCUCAUGCACUGUUUGAGCAGACCCAGUCCCUAGAGUAGGUCUAGUAGGGUUCUGGCUGAUACGGGUCCCUCACAGACUGUGUGGCUAGUGUGGUCUGUUAUGCCUUCAGAGUGGCUGCUCAUUUGGAGCAGAGGGGUGAGCAAAAGGAAAAGUAGUCCCUCCAUUUUCUUCACUGCAGUUCCUGCUGCCAAAGAGAUAAUCAUUUUUGAAGUAGAAAAAACUGAGCUGCAGCUUGGCUCUUCAGCAGUGGGAAUGGCUGUACUAAACUUCCCAUUUUCCUUGCAAUGUAAGCCUGUCCUAAUGCUUUUGAGAGGAUUCUACCCUUAGAAAUACACAGUACACGGAAAAGGAAAUGGGGAGCAUAAAAGAGGAAGCUGGCUGGCUCUAUGAAAUUUUCCACCUGCAGAGUGACCUGAAGGCUUUACUCCUUGCAGAAACUAUGUGGGUGAUGGUAGGGCAUGUUUAACUAACUGAAUUAUCCAUGUGCAUCUGCAGUGGUCCAGUUGUGUGGGGGACUCUCCCUUGUGCCCUCUCUGAAGUCGGAUUUGAUUCUUUGAAUGCACUUCCUGAACUCAAGUCUUUUCCCAUGUAGAAACUCCACUUGUUGGGGAGGUGGCUCCUUGUGCAUCAUCUCUCUAAGGUGCUUCCUUCCAUGAUGCAGGGGCUGCCUUGAAAGAGAGGAUUUGACACAAAUGGUAUCAUGUGCCUUUCCUGAAGAUCAACUUCACUUUUGCUUUUGAAUGCUCAGCACAGCUUCUAUAUCCUCACCUGAAGCACUCUUCAUUCUCAAGUUGACAACUAUGGCAGAUCCUGUUGUGAAAUGAGUCCUGUUCUUUUGUAUAGAGAAUGUCUCUUUUGUAACAAAAUCUUUUUUGUUGGCAAAGUUUUAAAUUAAAGUUGUAAAACUCUA